ACACACACACACAACGAGAGAGCUCCUCCUGCGCACACACACACACACACACACUCGUCUUCAGAGCGCAUCAUGUCCUCCUCGGGGAACUCCUCGAACCUCACGCGCCUGAACAUGUUCGCGCAGUCUCCGUGGCGCGUGGCGCUGUGGUCGCUCGCGUUCGCGCUGGUCCUGGUGGUGUCGGUGACCGGGAACCUGGUCGUGAUCUGGAUCAUCGUCGCGCACAAGAGGAUGAGGACCGUCACCAACUACUUUCUGCUGAACCUCGCGGUGUCCGACGCGUGCGUGGCCGCGCUCAACGCGCUGGUGAACUUCGUGUACGGCGCGCGCGGGCACUGGCACUUCAGCAGCGCGUACUGUCGCUUCCAGAACUUCUACCCGGUGACCGCAGUGUUCGCCAGUGUGUACUCGAUCAGCGCCAUCGCCUUGGACAGGUACAUGGCGAUCAUCCACCCGCUGAAGCCCCGCCUCUCGGCGACGGCCACCCGGGCGGUGAUCGCGUGUGUGUGGACGCUGGCGGCGUGUCUGGCGUUCCCGCUCUGCUUUUACUCCGUGACGGAAGUGAGGCCGCACCGGACGGUCUGCUACGUGUCCUGGCCGCGGCGCGACGCCGACGCCUUCAUAUAUCACCUGAUAGUGGCGGCGCUGGUGUAUGUCCUGCCUCUGACGCUCAUUGCCGUGGUCUACACCCGAGUGGGGCUCACGCUGUGGGCCGGAGGGUUCCCCGGACACUCCUCAGGAAACUCCCAGGAUCACCUGCAGGCCAAGAGAAAGGUUGUGAAGAUGAUGUUGAUCGUGGUGGUGACGUUUGCCGUCUGUUGGCUCCCGUAUCAUGUGUACUUCAUCGUGACGAGCUUCGACCGUAAGCUGAGGAGACUGCCGUCCAUCCAGCAGGUCUAUCUGUCGGUGCUGUGGCUCUCGGUCAGCUGCUCCAUGUACAACCCCAUCAUCUACUGCUGCCUCAACAGCAGGUUCCGGGCCGGAUUCAAGCGUGUGUUUCGCUGGUGUCCCUUCGUUCACGAGUCGGACUCCGACAGACUGGAGCUUCAGAUGACCCGGUUCCAGCCGACCUGCCAGAGCAGCCUGUUCACGGUCACGCGCGUGGAGUCCGAUGCUAACGCUAACGCUAAUCCCACCCAACGCAAGAGCUCCAGCACCAGCCAAUCACGGGCCUCAUCCCGGCCGUCACUCAACGGUGGUCUCCAUGGAAACCCCUCGAGCGCCGCUGGGAUGGAUCUCGGAUCAGAGUCGCUCACUAAACACUAAUGCGGAACCAGCUGGGCAUUAGCCUUCAGCGGCGCGCUGUUCUUACUCAGUGUUUCCGUCUCGUUUCCAGUCCAAAUAAGAUGCGUUUACUAGAGGAGUGAUAGAAGAUAUUAUGUCCUGUUUUCCGGGUGAAUUAAUUAACGUUAAGUGAGAUUAUGCUUAAAACAAGCAAAAUGAUCUGCCGAUGGAGUGAGAAAAAUAACAUCGUGUCCGUUUGAAUCAAGAUUAUCUUUCUGACCCCAUCGGCAGAUCAUUUUUGGACUGGAAACACCACUAAACUACUGAGAAAGAAAAGCAUUUUUCGUCGAGUCCACCAGCUUCACGUUGACCCGCUAUUGUACUCUUUCAGUUCAAAUACAGUAUAUAAAAACAAAAGUCACUACACAUAUGAAAGUGAAUACUUGGUUCUGAGGACACACACACACACACACACACACACACACACACACACUGGUCUGUUAUCAGCUGUCAAACUGGUCCAAUCACCGCCAUCCGCGAGCGGGGUUUGAAAUCAACCUUUUCUCCCGCCGGCAGUGCAGUUUGGAUUUCUUAUUGAAGUAAAUCCUGUCAUCCAGCAUCUCCUCUUCCUCGUUCCUCUUCCUCAAACAUGUUUAGUUGCAGGACACAGAACACCAGAGACAUGGCCAUGCUGGACAAUAACUGUGUGUUUUCUGUUCACCAAACGCUCUUUAAUGUCAGCUAUUGCUUCAAUAUGAAUGACAUCAUCACUGCUCAGAAAGCACAACCGCUGUAAGUAUCAGACACUGGAGAGCAGAUCACUGUGGCCUUCUGACGGCCGCACACACGCCUGCUGAGAUACAGUACACGACCGUGAGUCUGGGCUGCUUUUAAAGACAUUAGUAAGUGUGUUAAUCAUCUGUGUAUCACUGAAGCUGAUGCUUCACGGCAUGUUCAUUAGUUAUGGAGCAAGAAACCCCAUAAGGAACCACAGCACCACAUAUAACGUGUUUUAAUAAACUCAAAGUAA